GGGAGGACGAAUGCCGACACGCUUCGAGCGUUCCAGCAGGUCUUCGGCGACCUUCAAGAUGUGAACUCGUUCUCCAUGGAUGUGGAGAGAAGGUAUGCACCGUCUGCGAUCCGGGAAAUCUACUGUGAUAAAGCCCGUGAGUUCAUAUCGACCUGCAAAAGAGUCGGCAUCUCUGUAAAACAUUCCACUCCUGGCAUGCCUCGCACUAAUGCCAUUGCCGAGAGCAAGGUGAAGCUUGUCCUUCAUGGCGCACGAGUGGCGCUUCGACAAGCGGGACUGAGCGCCAAAUUCUGGCCUUAUGCGUGCAAGCACUUUUGUCAUGCUCGCAACAUCGAGUUACGCGAAGGACAAAGUGCGUAUUCGCUACGAUUUAAUGGUGCCGAAUUUGACGGUCAGGUUCUCCCAUUCGGAUGUCUUGUAGACUUCUAUCCCACGCCGGCACGAAAACAAACCCGACGUAGUCAGAAAGAUGAAGUCGUACUCGGCGAUGGUGAGGAAUAUGCCGUACCUGCGCCUGGAGAUGAUGGAUUGGUCGAAGUCGAAGUUGGGUUCGAUGAUGAUGGUUAUCUCGAGUGGAUCGACGAUGGAGACGACGAUCGACCUGGAUCCCUCCAGGGACCAGACAUGGAUCAACGCCUAUCGUCCUACCAGCGCCCCAGCAAAUUCUCUCCCACGAGCAAACCCGGUGUGUUUCUGGGUUACCACUUCGAGAAUGGGGGCAGGUGGGAUGGUGACUAUAUAGUCGCCGACCUUGAAGAUUUCAAGCGCGACGCACUGCGUGCGAGCGUCCAUCAGGUCAAGAAGCUAUACUGCUCACCCAAGGAGCGAUGGACAUUUCCGAUGCUGGCUGUAUACGAUAAACAGACACGAUCAGUGUGCAUCAACGAUCCCGCGAUGCAUUCUAAUGUGCCUAAGCCAAGUGAGCGUCUUGACGCCUCCGACAUGCUCGAUCUCGAAGAUAUCGAUGAAAUCUUCGCCCUUGAUGAGUCAACGCGAAUGACCGAUGAUGAUAUUCGCCAAGCUCGCGAGGCUGAGUUACGAGCAGAGUCCUCUCAUGGAGGAGGUGUUGACUACUGGGAAUAUGACCCAUCUGUGCAUAAAUGGACGUAUCACGUCGUUGUUCCAAGGAAAGCGAUGGUUCAUCCCAGUAAGACUCCCGGUUCCGUUGGGGAGUCGCCUGAUCCAUGGAAGCUGAGCACGGUGCGUAUAUCACAUGUUCAAUACAAGGACAAAAGCCCGGUUACGAUCUAUGAGACCGGGUAUGCCUUCGGCAAAACAAGACUCAUGCAGCUCUGGACCGGCAAUGUCGAAUUUUAUGAUGACGGCUAUGCCCCACCCAAGAAGAAGCUACCUCCUUAUCACGGGUCGGAGAUCCUGGAAGGCGAGGGGGGUUUGCCUUAUCGUCAGAGUGUGCCGCAUUCCGAGCGGGCAUAUAAAGGGUCUCGAAAACCGAACUCUAUCGAUUCAGAAUCCUGGCGCAGUAUGAACCGCGCCGAACGGGAGGGAUAUGUAGAGGCUGAGCGCCGAGAAGCUGAGUCUCAUGCCAUGUCCCGAGAGGAUUCUCGCGAUGCUGCUCCUGUCGACAUCGCUUACGAUUCUGAAUAUGAGUCGGGUGCCGAACGGCAUGACAAGGAUUACUGGUAUCACGAUGUCGCAGCUGGCACGAUCACCCGAUUUCAUGUGAUCGAACGCCGAGCGCGCUUCAACCCUACCUCCGUCAAAGAUUGUCCCGUUGAUCCUGCAACAUUGACCGAUGUCAGGAUGACUAUGGCCAUGACUGACGGUACCGAGUUCACGUUGCAGGACUCAUGGAGAUCAUCCGACACUCGGUCUCUGCCGUGUCGAUGGACGGGAAAGACGGUCUUCGUUACCGGUUCUUCCGCCAAAACGCAGAUUAAAGUUCGAACCCGUAUGCCGAACGCCGAUGACACGGGGCGCCGCGUGCAGACUGCGAAUGGCUACUAUGGACACGCAUUGCGUGCAAAGGGCCGUACUGUCGUACCUGCCAAAUCUCGCGCCUGUGUCGUUACGGAUCUUGAGUUUGAGCCCCCGGGUGGUAUGUCCGCCCGUCUUCAGCCGCUCCGCGGCAGUGGCCUCGAUGUUUGCCCGGCCAUGUACACAUACAAUGAGGGUUUUACACUUCCGUUUUGGCAGCGGUUGAACUCGACUUCACCGCAGAAGACGUGGAAUGUGAUGUUCCUGCGCCGGUUGAACCAUCCGAUGACGGAACCCAAGAAGGCGUUUCCCGAGCUGACGUUUGGUGAUCGCGACACCAGUGUCGCGCAGGGCUCUGUUGGUCCUCGAGAAAUUCGCAUGAUCAAAUACGAUAUGCGAUCGUUCAUGGAACAAUGUGUUUCUCGCUAUGUUGAGCUCUGUGGCCCUAAGUAUAAGGCCACCUUGCGGUCGGCUGAUACGCCAUUCCUCGAUGAAUCACGACCGGAAUUCGAUACCAAUCCGGAUCGCCCUGCUGUGAACCCCUUAUUGGGCCAUCCCGCUGACACGCCUGUGCCUCCUGGUAAGGGCGUUCUCGGCGACUGUGCAGCCGCCGUUCUGAUGAAAAUUCUAUAUGGUGCUCGCAUGGGGCGGUACGAUUUAAUCCGUCCUGUGCAGGCACUUGCCAGUCUCAUCACCAAGUGGGAUGGCUUGUGUGAUAAGAAACUCCAUCGACUGGUGUGUUAUAUCAACUCUACCCUCGAUCUCAACUUGUAUGGGUGGAUUGGUGAUGCACCCGAGAUGCUGGAGCUUGUGCUCUACUGCGAUGCCGAUCUUGCGGGUGACCGUACUGAUUCCAAGAGUACCUCUGGUGUCUUUAUGUGUCUUCUUGGACCGCGUAGCUUUAUGCCUCUUAAUGCUUUGUCCAAGAAGCAAACUUCUGUGUCGAAGUCUACCCCCGAGGCCGAAAUUGUAUCUCUUGACCACGCUGUGUAUAAAUUGGGCCUGCCUGCUCUGUCUAUGUGGGAGUAUAUGUUGGGCCGCCGUUUCCGCUUGCGGGUCAUGGAGGACAAUGAGGCCGCUAUUCGUGUCGUUAUCACUGGUCACAAUCCGAACAUGCGUCACAUGUCUCGUACCCAGCGUAUCGAUAUCUCUGCGUUGAACGAGCGUUAUCACGCUGGGGAUUUUCUGUUCGUGACGUGUCCCUCUCAAUUCGAGGCUGGUGAUAUUCUGACCAAGGCCUGCACUGGGGGUGUUUCGAUCGAUGAUGCUCACCAAUUCGGAAAGAACAAGCAGCCACCGAAGAAGGCUGCUGCCAAGACACCGGCUGCCCGAUCACCCCAGCCGAAGUCCCCCUCGCUAUGCAGGGAAGGCCUUCCGAGCGGUGCGAUCGCACCGACUACGGAAAGGCCUCCUGUUCCGCCGAUUCCCACGGAGCAGGAUGAUUCCAACAUGGGUACCGAUGAAGCCCCUGUCCCGAUUCAGACCCCGAGAGAUGAGUCCACAGGGGGUGGAAAGCGCUCCGAGGACAUUCCGAUAGGAUUGAGGAUGAAGAUGAUGAUGCUGAAGAUUGGGAUUCAAGAGAUCCCACAGGCCUCAAUCUGGCAACGCCUCGAGCAGCUGACAUGCAACUCUGGGUACGAUCUCAAGCUGCACCAGCUGGUUGACUCCUUCCUUCUCACUACUCAUCCGCUUGCGGAUAAGCAGAGGAAGCAGUACCCCCAAGAGUUUAUGGACUUCAUCGACCGAUACAGGGUGAUGUGCGCUCUUGCAUUUUCCCGAGUGGCGACGUUGUCUGGUGACGCCGCGGGGGUCCGCGAGAAAAUGGACCUUACGAUGGCGCUGGCUCGCCACUGUAUGCUUUUCCAAGCGCAAAGCUUUAAGGGAUCCCGAGAUAUGCUGAGCAACGCUACGCUCCAGCUCAUGGGACCCUGCUACAUCCCGUCGCCUCUUGCGAGCUGGAACCGAAAUCUCAUGGGAUAUAGCAGUUCGACUGCUGAACAGCGAUGGUUGAGGACCGAUACGAGUAUCAAACACAACGACCUCACCAAGCUGUCGCCCAUUGAGUUGUCAAGGGAGGCGGUCAGCCAGGUUGAAGCUGUGAAGUUCUUCAAGGGAUUUCUGCAGCUCAGGCCGACGCUAUCGUUCAUCCCUGGAGCGUUUCUGGCGCUCAAGGCUCUUAACCGAUUUCCCACGCUGGACUCUUUGAAAGAGCAAGCAACUCACCUCGAUAACGAUCGCAAGGAACACGGCUACGAUCUUCCUGCCGUGGACGCGAACGGGAUCGGGGAAGCAGCCGCCUUUCGCAACGAAGACGACGAUGAGAAUACCCCGUUAAUGCGCGGGUGGGUCUCGUUCAUGAAAGCGAUGGUUGAGGCCUACCCCGGCCGGUGCGUUAGCAUCGAUGAUACGCUCAACUGGGGAGCCAGCACCCCUAUGACCUAUGAGGACGGUGCGGGGCAGGCUACCAUCCGCCCGACUGAUGGAUGGGUGUAUGUCCCCGCGAUGAAUUCGGACAUAUACGAUCCUCAGGAAACGUUCCUUCACGGAACGAACCUCCGAUACCUCUGGUCGAUUCUUGCACACGGAGGUCUGUUCGGGGAGGAUUACGUGACGGACGAUCAUGGAAGUCACGAACCCUGCGUCUGGGUGACUGGACACGCUUCCGAGGCUGCCGGUAGCUACGCGUCUGGCACAUACCUCGGAGGAGGAUACUGGUUUCAAGUGAUGAUCUGCGUCUCCCGGACUGUGGUGAACACCCACGGUCGCACGACGAAGAAGCUGGGAGGAUCCCAGAAACAGAUCCGCGUCGGAACUCGAUUCCUCGAGCUGUGCGGGAUCGCGUUCAGGCCCUUCCGCCUUCUGGAUGACCGCGAGCAAGGGGUUUCUACCUCUCCACAAUACGUCAUCCAUGGUCACCGAUUCCUUAGUGCCGACGGGACAAAAGCUGUGGCCUGGCACCCAUGGAUGGAAGCGAGCCCGAUUGAUCCUCGCAUUCUGAAGCUGCUGGGAGAAAGCGUCGCUCGCGACAGUGUCGAGUUUGCCGACCUCACGAUUCAAGGGGGCAACACUACUCAACAGGUUGCUUCCACCGAGACGGAACAAUCUAGGGCGACCGCGGCUGACGAUCAGGCUGCGGAGGGUGGAAAUGAGGCGACGGACCGAGUCACAGUCCACCCAGCAGUGCUUCGCCGCAACCACUGGAUGCCUGACUCUCACGGGACCAGUGAACACGCCACUGUCGGUGGCAGGUAUGCCUUGCUAUCCGAACUUCAAUCCUCCAGCUACCGAUUCGAGCUUGCUCCAUUCUUUCAGCUUCGAGCACCCAUCAUGGGAGAGGAAGGAAGCCAAGGUUUGCCAAAGCCUGCAAGGCUCGAGACGAUUGUCGGAGGACCCUCCAAGGAGUGGGAGGCAUGGUGCAGACACUACCGAAAGGCAUACGGUGUCAUGCUCGGGAACUUCGGCUACACGCCCGCCAAGAGCCUCAAGAAUAUCCCGUACAGAGAAGAAGGAACAACGGAUAUUGUUAGUGCGCCGAUUUGGAGCCCGGCCGAUGCACUUGUGGCCGUAUCGAUCCAUGGGGUCAGAACGGUCACGACCAUGGCCUCCACGAUUGCAUUUGGGGGUGCACCGCCAACGAUCAAGCCGGCGGUACCCAGCAAACCGCAGAGAUUCGUUGUUAUGCACGAUGGCCUGCUGUCCUUCAAGUCUGCCAAAUCUUGGCAUGAUGGUGAGAUGAACGCCCAUCUGAAGAACGCGCUGACGAAUUUUGGGUUUCCUGAUUCCGAGGUGCGCGUGCAGGCGUUCGACGAGGACAACAAGCUCAAGGAUAUGGUCGACACUCUCGCGAUGAUGCAGAGCGAGACCUCCAUCCCGCCAUCGAAUGUGCACGUCCUCAUCCUUUGGAGAGGAGAGGAUCUGUGGAAGAUAGACCAGGGCUGGAACAAGCUAACUGGCGACAUCGAUAUGGCACGAUCUCAAUAUGCCAAGACGACCGCCCGGGAUGCUCUCGAGAAGUACAAUACGAUCUACGGAUCGGUGUCCCUUUGCGGUCCGGUGUCGCCGAGCAUGGUGUACCUUCCGACUCUCCCUGGCCCUCUCUUCGAGAAAUACAGAGAGGAGAUGAGAUCGAUCUGGGACGCGAUCAGGAGAUCCAACCUCCUUACCCUGUCUUUUGACGCUAUCCUUGAAGGUCUGCCAUACCUGAAGGGAUAUCAUACUAUGCAUGAGUCCAAGACGAUUGGGGUCCUAUGUACCCGCAUUUGCUCGAUGUUCACUCUUGCUGCUCUCGCACGAUUUCCGUCUUACGGGACCCGCCGGGAGUAUGAGAUCGCUGCCGAGAAGAUGUGGGCACGCACCCCAGUCCCGGAAGAGAACUCGCCGGGCGCGGUGAAGGCCAUUGUGCACUCCACUGUGCAGGACCUCAUCGAUGGUGCAGAUCGCGGCGCCGAUCAUCAAGCCGCAGAGACUGUCGACAUGACUCAGCUAGGUUUCGAUGAUGACGAUGAUGACGAUAUGCCUGACGACGUAGGUCCGACCGCUCCCGGGAAUCCGAUCAAACAGGAACAGGGAACAUUGGCGGAUCUACCGGGUGUUCGUCAUCCGGAUCCGAUCGCGCUUCCAGCUACUCCCGUGCCUGGCGAGGCAAUGCCAGUGUCACCUGGCCUUGCUCCGACUGCCAUGAAUGAUGAAGAAUCUGGCAGCAGUUCCGAUGAGAACGAUGAGCAAGGGGAUGGUGACGCGGCAAUGCCCACAGUCAAAAAGGAGGAGUCCGAUGAAGAGUUCAAUGGGCUUCUCGAAGGAAUGACUGAGGAAUUCGCGAAAAUGCCCACUCCUCGAGAUGCCGAGCGAACUGUCGCUGCCAAUCGGGACGCUGCACGACCGCCUGCCGUGCCCUCGAUUCCUCUCUCUACGAUGAAGAAGCCGAAGCCGGUUGGUGGCGAGGAAGCCGCGGGGCCCACCGCCGACAAUCGACAAGCUUAUGCGCACUUCGAGAGCCAAGUCAGUGAAGCUGAAGCUCGCCGCGAGCAAGCUGCGGCAAUGAAAGCGCAUAUCGCUGAAGUGGCAAAGGGCGCCGCCGGUGUUGAAAAUGCCGAACAUCUUCGAUCCAUUGCCGAUGGGCUAGCCAAGGUCUUGGACCCGAACAUGAGCGAUGACAAUGUGUUUCAGGGUGCCUUGUAUCCCCCGGGUGACUAUGCGCUUGACGCUGUCACGAACCGACUGGCUCAAGGCAGACGUCGGGUUGAAUCGAACAGCAAUCUCAUCAGGGAGAUGGCCAGCGACCGAUUCACGCCUGUGCUCAUCAACCGAGACACUGGUGAGACUGUGUCUGCCAUCGAUGCACGAUGGACUCCAGAGUAUGGAAACAGGGGGGAGCUUGAAGCUAAGGUUGGUGCGAUCAUUUCCAACCUGGAUGCAGUGGUUGCAAGCAUGUCAACCCUCCCUGUGUUCCAUCCGCACAUUCCGUCGACGUAUGGUAUGGCUCGAUCGCUUCUCAACACAUACCAGUCGUUGCAGAUUGCCAUCCGACACCGUGGCAUGGGUGCGAUGUCCUUUGAGCAGAUGGUAUUCAAACCAGAGGACCUUGAGGUUCCGACCCCCGAUGAUUGGCCGGACCUCAUCGCGCCUACCCCUGGAAAAGUCAUUCAAUCCAUGCGGGUGGCCCUGGUGAACAACACGGCGGCAAGGUUGACGAGAGAGGACCUCAAGCUGCCACCGGGCUUCGCCAUGCAACGACGAGUGACUGAGUUCCGUAAGCCGGAGGAAGAUCCAGUGCAGAGCCUGAUGGGGCUCACCGAUGACUUGAGCUACGGCACUACUGGUCGAUCUGGGGAUGACAGAUUGUCCCAGUUCCAGCGUAGUAUGGCAGUACAGCUGCGGAACACUGCUGGAUUCCUUGCGAGUGAGUUCCAGAAGCAUGCCCGAUCUAUUGCCGCUUCUUCCUCGCGUCGCAGUGAUGCUUCAGGUGCCCUGAGUAGCCAGGGUGAUGGCGCGGCGGACAACGAUCUUCCGUCCACUGAACAGGUUAGUGUUGCAUCUGAGCGCGCGAUUGCGCCGCCUCCGCCAAACGUGGCUCCUCCUCCUCCGCCUACUGCGGCAGCACCUCCGAGGGCGUCCGAAGAGAGUGCAAAGGAGGAUGACGAUGAUACCAAAAUGGAUGAUGACACGGCCGGUCAGAAACCCGAGCAGAAACCCGAGGAGGACGCAGAUAUGGGUAGCGGGAAGGAGCUGCAAGACGAGGUCCCCGGCAAGGCCCCGCCGCCAGCUGCCCGAACCGCUGAGAGCCCUCCGGAACACGGCCUGCGUUCCAGUCCUCCGAAUGACAUGGUUGCUCAGGGAGCCGCGCUCUCCGGUGCUCGAGGACCGGAAGUCGAUAUUGAUCCGGCCAGCACCACAGCCGAUCAGGCGGCAAAUGAUCCGAGAAACUGCCGGAUCGAGGGCCCUGGUAUCAAGGCGACAACGAUUCAUCGCCCCGAUCAGCUGCCCGAAAGGGGUAUUGACUCCAUUGCGCCAAUCGUGCAGUACGAAAUGACGUCUGUCCCGAUUGCACUGCCAGAUUUCGUCGUUCCGGGACUCGACAUGGGCAUCGAUGACUCCGUCCAUGGUCGAUUGGUCUCUGCGACCUGUCUCCCACCGACUGACGAGCAGCGCAAGUAUUCAAGACGCCGAUUUGCUAUGCUGUCCUCGAAUCAGACAGUGUACUUGGGUAUGGCGCUUCACAAGAAACCGCUCAAAGGAGAACACGAUUCUUUCCUCCGACCGGAAUCUUAUGAGGACUGCCGCGAGAUCCAUGAAGCUGUCCGAGCCUACAAUGCCAAGGAGGCGACAUACCGAUCUAUCGGCGGAACAUCAGUGUCAUGCAGCCGAUUGCUCAUCGAUGACGCACAAAAUAUCCCUGCCGCCAGGAUUCCGGACGCAGGCAUGAUCAGUUUGGUGCGUAAGCUGCUGUUCCGAGUGCUGACGCAAACAAAGGAGCGUCCAUCCUCGACUGCCGUCGGAGCACAGAAUCGCCCCCAGGACAAAGAGAGGGGCGUCCCAUUGUAUUCAUUCCUCGACCAGAGUGGCAUCAUCGCUUUCGAUGUCAUUCCGAUGUACAUGGAACGCGAGAGGGAAUACAUGAAGGCCAACGCUGGCGAGUUCAGCGGCCGGACGCUUCUCCAGACUAGCAUUCUGGACGAUGACGAUAAGCCGAGUGAGCUCACCGUCCAGUGCAUUACGGAAAUUGCUCGAACGGACAACAACCGAAUGUUUGAGUUCUUCUACUCGACGAUCAACGACGAUGGAAGUCCUCAAUUUGUUGGCGUCCGAGCAACCUAUGGUUUCGGUCCCGAUAACUUCAACCGAUUCCGAUUGCUGAUCAAGUGUCAGCACGGGCCAUUCACUCAGCUCGCUCAAGAACAUUAUGUCAAUGGCGAGAGGAGACGAAAUGUGGCCCGAUAUCAUCCCCAGUACGGAUGGGGAUGCGCAACGAUUCGCGAGUUCUUCGGAUACAUGAACGAUUGCAAGCUCAAUCCCCCAAAGGGGCAGCUCUUCCUCACACUGCUCCCGUAUGCCCCUGGAUCUGGGAAGAACAACGAGUGGGAAGAGGUGUACAUGAACGUCCGAAUGAACCCGGGACGUGAGACGCUGUCGAACACCGCGUCAUCACAAAGCAUGCUCCCCGAAGGUAUGGGAUCCAACCGCAUGAUUGUGUUCGCGAUUGAUUUGCACAUGAUUGCAGCAGGUAUCAAUCCGAUUACAUUCCAUCCGAGAGGGUACUACGCGAUCAAGGACAGUAUCCCUCUCGCAUGUAUGCCGAUUGCAUACUUCAUGGAUACGGGAUCUCUAGUGUUCAACACGGCCUUCAAAUAUAUCGGAGGCCCGAAGUUUGGCACUGGACCCAAGAGGGGAGACCACAGACGAGAAACGUGGCCACUCGCUAGCUUCGACUGCCCCAUGUGCGGAGCUUCAUUCCCUGUUGGUCUCCACAUGUGUCACUCUUGCACUAAGCCGAUUCACUAUCCUGAUGGGAUGUUCUACGCCGAUCCUGUGAACCCCUUCCAGGUCGAAUAUUACGGAAGUCAUGCUGAGUGGCUCAAUGAUCUGAUCGAGCGUAACAAGCUUACCGAAUUCCAGCUUCACGAGUUUCCUGCGAUCAAGCAGCUGAGGAAUUUCCCGGUGUCUAGGUCUCUCGCUGAGGACCAUAGGCAGACCGCAUUCUUCGGAGUGCCACCGAUCAAAUGCACCGCUGCUGACACAUCGCCGAAGGAAGUGGAACUGUUCAAGAGAAGCGUGCGCGGUACGAUUCAGGGCGCCAUUCGCUUGGACAUUUCCAUUGAGAGGCUUGUUGCCGGUAUCACUGGCAAGGAAGCUCGAUGUGGAGUAGAAGACUUCUUCAACUCACAGUCGAUCGCAUGUGCUGCCACGAUUGUCAAGCACUUUGGAGCGGUCUUCGCCACAUGUCGCGAAAAGCCGUUGUGCUACUAUGCACGUUGGUCGAUUCACUGCCAGCGCGCAUAUCGAGUCUGCCUGUCGCGAGGGUAUCUAUCCCCCUAUUACACAGGUGUGACGGUCGAUUAUACCGUCGACCAAGAGAUGGCAGAAAAGAUCCGACUUGCUCAUCUGCCCUUGCAAAACGCCAAUUUGGCGAUGAGGCGGCACAUUCGACUCUCCACCGAGUUUGGAACGUUGGAUGAAUUCCGUGCCACUAUCACGGAUACGCAAAAGUAUCAACGAUACAUGCGUGUCGACAGUGAGAGCCUUUCCGCGCUCCUGGCCAAGGUUACCCUUACCACAUGCUACGGCAUUCCGACAAAAGGUGAGCCUGGCUAUAUCUCUGACGAUGAAGCAGAAGAGAUCGAAGGAGCCGCAGCGGCAAGCGAGAAGCCCAAAGGGAAAGGCAAAGGGGAAGACGAAUCCAACGUCCAAGCCAUCAACUGGCGUGAGUUGGAUCCCUUAGGACGGAAACUUAUUCCGCAUCACUCUGAUCCCCGAUUCACGAUUAUUGCUGAGGGGAAUACGGCACUCCUUGAUGCAGCCGAAACGCCGGAAGAGGCGCGUAAGGAAUUCAAGGAGUUCGUUCGCGAUCACUCUGUCAAGAUCAAAGAAUGCUUUGACGACGAUCGUGCGACAGAGAAGACAUUCUUCAAUCUUGUUGAAGGAGUCAAGGAUCAGCUUCCCGAUGCAAAUAGCACUGACCCGCUUCUGAUGAAAAGGGCUGAGGACGUCUUCGAGGCUCUCCCCGAUGAACUGGAUGAUCCUCCAAGAGUGUUCGAUGUUGCGGCUCGCCAGGCACGACGGCGAGACCCUGCACCUCAGCGCAGAGUGCAGGUCACCGAGCAAAGACAAGCGCCGAUCCCCGAGGCUCAUGCCGUUCCCAUUCCUACGGAUGACGAGGAUGAGGAUGAUACUGAGCUCGAUCGAGCGGUACGACCCGAUCCAACAUCACAGCGCACCGGACGAGAGCAUCUCGGAGGUGUCGCUCCCGAGACGACUCCGCCUCCGCCUCAUAACAUGCCGCCGCCAUCAAAUUUGCCGACUCGAAAAUCACAUCGGCAAACAGGCUACAGCGCCGCCCAUCCUGAUGGAGAACCGUUAAUGGUGUCGGGGAGGGCAGAAUACUCCGAUCGAAUGCGGUUGCCCUCAGUGUUGCGAAUGAAGACUCGGGUUCCGGAGUCGGAUCUGGAUAACCCGACGAUUGAGGACAUCAUUCGCAUGUAUCAUGCGCCGAACACGCUUUCCAUCAUCAGGAAGAAAGCCGCAGCCGUCAUCAUCGCGAUGGGCGCAAAUCCCGAUGACGAUAUUACUAUGAGGGCGGCUGGCGUUACUGUUCCCCAUACCGGGAAUACGGGGACGGGGCGAGCAGCAUCGCCUGGAAGUACGUCCGCUGCGACACAGGAGCGGAUUAAUCCCCAGUUCCCGGCACCUAGCGUUCGCACUGCGUCGAAUCCGCCAUCGAAGUUGCCUCGCGAUGAAAAGUGGGCUCCCUCGAUUGCGCGACCAGCGCCGGCUCAGGUGAUCAAAAGUGCAGAAGCACGGGGACGCACGCAACAGCGUGCUGCUGAAGAAACGAAUGUUGCUCCGCCAGCUCCUUCCGAUACUGCCUCUUCGGAGCCGCGAUCUCGAACGAUGGGCCCAGCCAAAGAGACCACGGCUAAGGGCAAAUCCCGAACCGGAUCCAACGUGACAGGCCUCAUCGAUGCUACAGGUCUCGAGACCGAUGCUGCAGCAUGCGGCCUCAGCGGCUUCAAGACGGUCGCCCGAUAUGCAGAUGUGGGCUUUAUGCUCCCCCAUGAGAUUAUGUACGUUUUGUUUCAAACGAACCCGGGUUAUCCUUUCCAUGAUUUGGCAUGCUGUGCACAAUCUGUGCAAGACCACUGCCUGGAGGCAUCCCGCAAACUCGGGUUUGAGGUCAUUCCUUUCUCGCUUUGGACUGAUGCCACGCCUUUCAAUUGGGAUAGAAGCAAGUCCCUCGAAGUCAUCCUGAUGAGUUUGCCUCAGCUUCCUGCCCCGCAUCACACUUGGAGGUUUCCCGUGACUGCUUUGCCUAAGAACAAUAUAUCCAAGGGCGAGAGCUUCGAAGACAUAUGGGAUAUUAUGGCCUGGUCCAGCCAGCAGCUUUUGUUGGGAACCAUGCCUAGGCAUGGCCACGACGGCCAACCUUUUGCAGAGGCAUGGCGGAAUAAGCACGCCGGCCGUGAGAUCGCACAUAGAUGCAUCCUUGCAGAGCUCCGGGCCGAUUGGAAAUGCUUGCCUGAAGUUUUUGGCCUGCCGCACUGGGGAGCCAAGACUGGCAUCUGCAUGAGAUGCAGUGCCGAUUUGACGAAUUACAAAGAUUUCUCUGAAAAUGCACCCUGGAUGCUGGAAAGAUAUGGGCAUUGGGAUUUUUUGCAGAGGCAGCUGAACGAGGCAAGGCUCAUCUCCACGAUUUUCCGCUGCCCUUUCUUUUCAACGACUUGCUUCAAGAUGGAUUGGCUGCACAUCAUGGACUUGGGCUGUGCCCAAGAUUGCUUAGGAAACCUAUUCUGGUAUGUGCUUCCCAGACUGGGAAACAACCAGAAAGUUCAGGUGGCCACACUUUUUCUGGAGAUAAAGAAAUUCUACCGGGAGAAUUCCAUUCAGGAUUGCAUCGGCAAGCUAACCCUGGGAAUGAUCAAGAAACCCGACAAGCCAAAACCGAAGAUGAACUUGAGAGCAGCAGAGACGAGGGCCAUGAUUCCGUUUGCAUGGAAAAUCGCAGACGAGAUGCUGGACCCGCAGGAUGUUUUCGAGUCGUCCAUACGCUGGGUGAUCAAGUAUCUCGUGGACUGCUACGAUUGCUUGUCAGCCUUGAAGUGGGAGCGAAAUUACUUCAGAGAAUGUUGCUUUGCCUUCCUACGUCAGUAUUCGGUCUUGGAAACAAUGGCCGACGAAGGCAAAUGGGUCAUGAAGCCCAAGUUUCACAUGCUUGCAGAGAUUGCUUUGAAAGGCGACAAACCCUCUGACAACUGGGUGUACAGGGAUGAAGAGGCAGGUGGAACCAUGGCACGGGUGGCACAUGCCAAAGGUGGCCCUGUCAACCAGUGGUCGAUUUCUUUUCAGGCGCUGAACAAAUUCAGUGCUGAGUUCUCGGUGCCACACUUCGACUGA